AGACUUCACAUUGCUUCUGCUAUCGAGUCAAUCAUGUCUGGUCGAGGAAAAGGAGGAAAAGGACUCGGGAAAGGAGGCGCCAAGCGUCACCGUAAAGUUCUCCGUGAUAACAUCCAGGGCAUCACCAAGCCCGCUAUCCGCCGUCUUGCCCGUCGUGGCGGUGUGAAGCGUAUCUCCGGUCUGAUCUACGAGGAGACCCGCGGUGUCCUCAAGGUGUUCCUGGAGAACGUGAUCCGUGAUGCCGUCACCUACACCGAGCACGCCAAGAGGAAGACCGUCACCGCGAUGGAUGUUGUCUACGCUCUGAAGAGGCAGGGACGCACCCUGUACGGCUUCGGCGGUUAAACCAUCUUCUCCCACCCUAAACCCAAAGGCUCUUUUAAGAGCCACCUAAAUACUUGUUGAAGAAUUACUCCUACAAAUAAUAGAUGUGUAUUUGCAAUGAAAAAUAAGCUCAACAUUUUUACACUUUCGAUGACUAUGUUCAAUAUCUGCCACACAUGAAAACUAAACUUUUUUUCUAAUUAGCUAUUAAGGGUCAAGUUCCGUCACCAAGUUGGCCUGCUCAACAUUAUCUCGUGUUUCCCCCUUGGCCGCCAAUACUAAUGACGGUCAAUGAUUGACACUCAGGCUAAAGAAAAAGUAAAACUGCAAUCAAAUGUAUUUAAGCUGUCUUGCGUAGGAUGUAGCUUAGAUGGAGACAGUAUACCCUAUUGAAAUGAAAGACCACCUUAAAAACGUCUAUCCAUUUUUCCAUUAAAUAUAUUUAACUCA